AUGUUCUGCAAAUGUGGUAGUAUAGAGAAAGCACGAACAAUAUUUGACAGUAUAUCAGAUAAAAAAGACUUGCAAGCUUGGACUUCCAUGAUAAAUGGCUAUGCCAUUCAUGGGAUGGGAAAUGAGGCCCUGAGUCUCUUCCACGAUAUGCAAAAUACGGAAGGAAUAGUGCCAGAUGGUCUUACUUACACGAGCAUAUUACUGGCCUGCAGCCAUUCAGGACUUGUGGAGGAUGGGUUGAAGUACUUUAAGAGCCUGAAGAAGGAUUUUGGUUUAGAACCCAGAAUUGAACACUAUACUUGCUUGGUAGAUCUUCUGGGUAGAGCUGGUCGGCUUGACUUGGCCCUGGAAACCACAUUAGAUUUGCCUGAGAAGAUUCAGGGACGUAUGUGGGCUCCAUUUCUAAGUGCAUGCAAGGAGCAUCAAAACAUCGAGCUUGGCGAAUUGGCUGCUAGAAAGCUGUUAGAAUUCAUCCCUGGAAGCACUGGGAACUAUGUAUUGAUGGCAAAUCUGUACACAUCUCAAGGCAAGUGGAAGGAGGCGGCCGAGACAAGAAGAUUGUGA